CCGGCCAGCUGGGCACGCACCUGACGUACAGCAGGUAUGUACAGUAGUAUUUGCUGAGGGAAAAUAGAUUUCACGAACGGCCCAGCAGCGGUACCGCGAUAGAGCUGCUGUAUUUACUCGACUAGAUCAAACAAAUUUACUAACCAAUUCCAACCAGAUUUUCUAUAUUAAAAGCGCUGCUGAACAGAUGCGCAUCCGCGAUUACCGGAACCGUAUCAACCUGUAGCAAUAAUAAGGAAUCGAUCGAUUAUUGUUAGCGAUACUGCAACGAGUAUAAAUUGACAGGUCGUUUGAUGUAGAGGCCCAUAUAAUAUCUCCUGUCCAGCUCCAAAAUGAAAUUCUUCGCGAUCCUAGUCCUGAUUUUCGUGUGCCUCGCUGUCGCAACGGAGGCCCAGACGACGAAAAAGCCCAAACCGACGACUGCGCCCAAACCAACUGCUGGACCUAAGCCAACGGCUAAGCCUAAACCGACUGCUGGACCGAAACCGACUGCUAAACCCAAACCAACUGCUGGACCUAAACCCACCGCUAAACCCAAGCCAACGGCUGGACCCAAGCCAACGGCUAAGCCAAAACCAACUGCUGGACCCAAGCCAACAGCUAAGCCCAAGCCAACGGCUGCUCCUAAGCCCACCAAGAAACCAUAAGCUGUAAGGCUACGGCAGCCCCCAAGAAUAAUUGAAGAGCUGACCGCCGCGAGAAGAUCUAAUAGAAAUUAUUGCAAACUAUUAAAAAAAUUGGGCAUGAUUAUUUAACUGUUUCAUUAGUUGGGAAUAAUUACAUUUGCUGUUAUUAAUUGGAAAAGAAUCAGCCUAAAAUAAAAUGAUUUGCCCUAAAA